CCAACCUAGCAACUACCACUUGUUGAAAGCGCGCUAGAAUAUUUGUAAAUUGUUCAACAGUUCAUAAUCUUCAAAUUUUUGAUCUCCGUUAAUUACUUUGAUUAAAGUGGUUUUUAAUUGUGUUGUUUUUAAAAAAGGUUUCCUGAAUUGACCUAUUUUUAUAAUUUCAUUUCUGAGUGUACCUAUCAAAUAGUUAAAUAUGUCAUCAACGGCCUCUAAACUGACUAAAUCAUCUAGCUCUUCACGUCUGACACCAGCUCCUAUUACUAGAAAUUUAUCAGCUCGAUCAGUACCUCGAACUACACAAUCAUCAUCUUCUGUUACUGCUACUCAAUCUAAAGAAGGUGGCUUUAAAAGACCAAAAGAUCUGGCCGCUAACCGAUCAAAUGAUGUACAACGUAGUGUAAGAAUGGCUAAAUACUUGCAAACCAGGUUAAGGUGCUUGAAGAUUGAGGAAGAGCUUAAAAAAAGGCAAGAAUAUUAUUCGGAAAAAUUUACCGAUAUUUGGAACAAAAAUAAUGACCUGUCAGAGAAAAUUUUUGCUAAGAAACUUGCUCUCGAAAAGUUGAAAAUUUUCAAGGAAACAUUUGACAAGUUAUCACAAGAAAGUAAAUUUGUAGAAGAAGUCAACGACAAGCUUAGUGCCAUGGAUAAUGACCUGCAAUUCCUCGUUGAACACAUAGAAGGUCAAACUUCACAGACAAUUCUACAGGGUGUUGAUAAUCAGUACUUGGACAAAUUAAAUGAUGUAUUCCAUUCUCUUAGCCACUUGGAGCAGGCUAGUAAAAUUGUUUCAUUAGCCAGAGAAGUUUCCCGAUUAAGAUCAUUGAUUGAAGAUCACGAAAAAAUUCAAAUUGAUGUGGAUCGGCUUAAGGCAGAAUUGAACGGUUCCAAGCAAGAAUUCGCUUCACUUAAGGCCGUUGAACAAUCAAUAGAAACCAGUUAAUAUAUUUUCUAAAUUUUUGGUUCAAAAAAUUCUCAUUUACAUAACGACUCAUUUACUUUUGGAUUGCAAUGUGCUUAAAGUUUAUCACCAUAAACCUUUAUCACUUGAUCUUUUCAUUGAUUUUCGACCUCUUGAUUUUGCAACAUGAGAUAGUAUUAUUGACCGCUCUCAAUGAGAAUUUCAUCGUGUUUACUGUUCCUAGUCCAGGAAGCGCCCAAAUUUCCAAUACAACUACCAUGUGUUCACAUAUUUUUAUGAAUAAACCGCUGUAUUUAACUUUUUUGAUGGACCUUUAAAAAAUUAAGAUAUUUUCACUGGUGUAAUAAUACUAUUAAUAAUUAUAAUUGAUACCAAUACAAAAACCAUAUAGUUUAA